CCGCAUCAACAGUUGCUCGGUGGACUGCUCACCCCGCACUUCGCGCUUUUUUUCCUUUCCCUUGAAUGCAACGACUUAAUUGCAUUUUAAUUUUGUGAAUAAAUAUCUUUAGUAUUCCAUCCGAAAUAGUUGUUUCGCAUGUACAGGCGUAAUAUUUGUUGUUAGAUAUCCACUGGUAGUCAUGUAUACUUUACUUAGCUCCGAGCUGAGGAUAUGCAGCCAUCUGAGGAUGGAUAAGUGAUUGUCAGUUAUGUUACUAAGACCGUAACUGUGCCUAAUUGAACUCAGAUAUAUAACUGUUAUUUUAUAUGAUGUUUUCGUGUUAGAAGUGUUUGUUAGUAUAUUUUUAUACGUCUAUAAGUGUAUCAAUUUUAUCGAGGAGAACUCAGAGUGAUCACAACAUGAAAAAACAUGUGGGCAGCUGUGUCUCGAUCUUUGGAGAUUUUUGUCGCAUUCUUCGAGUACUACGCAGCAAGGGCUCAGCUAGAGACAACAGGCAGUCCAGGCAGUAAGUCACCUGCUUCUGGGGGCCCGGGACAACCUACCUCCUCAUCCACCAGCAACCCUGAGGUCAAGACUCCACCUACUGCACACAACAAGGCUCUUCAGAAUGUUAAAGGCGAUCACCCUUCGGUGCAGCCCCAAGCAGAAAAUAUGGCUUUCUUGCAGAGCCGCUCCAUUUCUCUGGUCGAUAUGUACAUCGACAACUCUGAACCUUCUGAGAAUGUCGGUCAGAUACACUUCAGUCUUGAGUACGAUUUCCAGAAUACCACGCUCAUCUUACGGAUCCUAACGGCUAAAGAGCUCCCAGCCAAGGACAUGUCCGGUACGUCUGAUCCUUACGUCCGGGUUACUUUGCUCCCGGACAAGAAACAUCGCCUCGAGACCAAGAUCAAGCGUCGGACCCUCAAUCCACGUUGGAAUGAAACUUUUUAUUUUGAAGGUUUUCCUAUCCAGAAGCUACAGAGCAGAGUCCUACAUUUGCACGUAUUUGACUAUGAUAGAUUUUCUCGUGACGACUCGAUUGGUGAAGUUUUUCUACCUUUAUGCCAAGUGGACUUGUCAGAGAAGCCGUCGUUCUGGAAGGCUCUGAAGCCUCCAGCCAAAGACAAGUGUGGGGAACUUUUGACUUCUCUUUGCUACCACCCCAGCAACAGCAUUCUUACACUGUCACUCCUCAAGGCUCGCAACCUCAAGGCUAAAGACAUCAAUGGCAAAUCUGAUCCAUAUGUAAAGGUGUGGCUGCAGUUUGGAGAUAAACGAAUAGAAAAACGCAAGACACCCAUAUUUAAGUGUACUCUUAAUCCAGUGUUUAAUGAAAACUUCAGCUUCAAUGUGCCCUGGGAGAAGAUUAGGGAAUGUUCUCUGGAUGUCAUGGUUAUGGAUUUUGACAACAUUGGCCGUAAUGAACUCAUUGGGCGUAUUCUGCUAGCUGGCAAGAACGGUUCCGGGGCUACUGAGACCAAACAUUGGCAAGAUAUGAUUACAAAGCCCCGUCAGACCAUAGUACAGUGGCAUCGACUGAAACCUGAGUAAUCAGCAUAAGGCAUCUUCAGUACUUGAGUGGACUCUGUAACUUGAUGUAUCCCACCUUUAGUUAUGGUAUUGCUACGCAGUCGCAGUCUCCCGUGACAAUCCUUGUACAAAACAGCUAUGAUCACUCACACUAAUUUCAUAACCUUUCUAAUAUGGUUGUUUAUAUUUUGACAUAUUUUCUGGUUUGUGGAUGUCAAGUUAGUUAAAUAUGAAGUACGACAUAUAUGUUUAUUCUUGAAACUAUGUUUAUAAGGAGCUUAUUAGAGGAUAAUUCCAUUUUUACUUGAAAAUAAACAGUAUUUUAAAUGUAAAGUCUUAGCUUUUAAUGUAAUUUUAACAAUCACUGUUUUAUUUAUUGUCAUAGCCAUACUUUUUAAUUCAGCUAUUGUUUAAACCGAUCAAUGUAUAAACUUUAGAAAUAGAAUUUACAUAUACCGAUAUAAUCAAAUUUUAGUUUACACGAUGUUCACUAUUGUUUCAUGGUAUCAACUCUCGAAGUUGGAUGCUAUACCAGUAGUUGCGGAGGCCAGGUCAUUCUAAGAUAUCUAAUGGUAUAUGCUCUAAAAUUUAAAGUUUCAUGAGAGUAAUAAUACAGGGUAAAAACGGAUAAUAUUUUAUGUAAGUUGAUAAUAUUAAGAGUCCAAAUAGUAAAAAUAUUUUAACACUUAAUUUAGUAAUAAACAAAUCUAAGGGUUUCUUUUAAAUUUUUCAUGUUUCAUUUAACUUAUCGUUUUUUAAUUACUAUUUUCAAUUAUUUUCUGGCUUUCUUUGCUUAUACAUGACGAAGGCGACUAUUUUGUCGUUUUAGUAACAGUUUUGCUUUGUAUUUCCUUUCUUCUUUAAUGCAAAAUAUUCAUCUGUGUAUAUUUGUAGUUAACGAUUAUUCUAAUAAUAUUAACGUAUUAAUGUUUUCACUUAUUUCCGAUAGCAAGUUGUUUAGUGACAUAAACUACAAUAUUACAGAUCUAGAAUACACUUUUCUAGCUUUAGGACUUAAUAAUAUCUUAAUUAAAUUAAAUUAAUAUUCUCCAUACAUAUUAACUGUAGAGAAAUCUUUAGUUUUUUUUUCAAAAUUAUGUAUGAAUCAUACUUUUUUUAUUUUUCAAACUUCGAGCGUUGAAACAAAAAGUGUAAAGAUUGUACCAUACAAACUGCUUCUCAUUGUUAAAGUUCAUAUAAUAAUGAUUCAGCUUGAUUUGAUUUUUCGCUAUAUAUUGUGUAAAAAGGCUUGAAAAGAAAAUUCUGUGUAAUCGAGUAUUGAGAGAUUUAAUAUAAGUACGCAAGACUCUAGACAUAUUUACACCCAGUACUUAAUUUCUUGUAUUAUUAUCAUUCAUUAUCUUGCUUUAAUCUUUUGAUCAGCUGUCAUGUACAAGGAGAGAAAUCUCUGUUAAAUGUCAGACCUAUUAACGAGUCCAAUUUAUGUAAACUGUGUUUGUUUGUGUAGCUAUCUCCAUUACUUUCUCAAUGUAUAUUAUCAAUAGGUUGAUGGUUAAUGUGCUCUAUGGGUUAAUGUUGUGUCACAUUAAUUAGAUGUUAUUGAGUUUUUAUCAUAACAGAAAGCUACGAUGACGAGCUAAGCUUGGAAUUUGAAAGACUGAAUGCUGAAAGUUGACCAUUACAUUUAUUUGACCACUUUAAAUAGACUUUACAGAUAUUAUGCUUCCAAAUUAUUAUAUUUUUACUUAAUGCACCAAAUGUACGCUAUGUACCAGUGAAUAACAAAUUAAUUUAAAUUUGAGUUUCAAAUAUAUCUAAAGGAACUACCUUUUUAUUUGAAAUAAUGUGAGAGAAUUUGUGUACCUUAAGCACUGUAGUACAUAAACAUUGUUUAUUUAAUGUCAGCUGUAAUAAAUGUUACUUUUCGCAAUUACGUCGUUAUCUUUUCCAAUGGGAAACAUUGGCUUCACGAUUUUCGCAGUGUAUGUACAUUGUAGUGCACAAACAUUUCAUUUAAGAGCAUUUCAUAAUUGAACACUCGUUAGAGAUUAAUUCAAAUGUUUCAUGGUAAUUCAUAUGUGGAUUUGUUGUUUUUUCAUUUUUAAUAACUUACAGUUAAAACAUAAUAAAUGUACUAUACUUUUACAUGUUAACUUUUUAAUGGUGUAUAUAGGUUUAUCAUUGGGUACUCCACACUCAAUUUGAUUCAGGCUUCGGAGCAUCUGAAACUACAAUUAUAUGAGAAUUAUAUAUCAAUUAAUUAUCAACGAAAACAUGUGCAACAGACAAAUGUCUUAGAUUGCAUAAACUAAAAUUUUUAUUAUUGUUCCUUUUAAAAAACACCCAGUCUUUUAAAUAAAUUUACAAAUUUUAAAUAUAUAUAAUCCCAACUGGCUCGUUUAUAAAUUAUGUAACCAUAAGUUUUUAUAUACCCCACAAUACAAAAUAAUAUGCCCUAUUUCAUAUUGAGUAAUUUAAACUUAUAAAUCUUAAUAAUUUUAUUUCGUCAUAAUAGUUGUCCUUGACACUGUUCUCUCCCCAUCCAUGACGCAAUGGAUCGUCCACAUCCUCUACGUCCCUAAGGCGGUGGAUGUCCCCCUCUGUAUACAUGCGACGAUUGAUCAUCCUUCCCUAUCAACCCCUGAUACGUCGGAUCACUCCCUUCCAUCAUUAAGACGAUGAUUCGUCAUCCCUUCCCCAUCCAUAACGCAGUGUUGGCCCUCCAUCCCGCCGUAGCAAAUAGAACGUCGCCAACGACAUGAAAUAGUCUCUUGAAUAAACAUAUUAUAAAGCAUAUACUCGUAUAUUGUGUUUUACAUGUAUUAAACAAUUUCAUUUUACUUAUACUGUUACGUCUAUUUUAAGUGGUUAAAGUUUGCAAUUCCAAAUCAGUAGCUAAUAAUUCAAAUUAGCCAUUGCGUAAAGUGCACGGUUUAUGGAAACCAACUAAUUCAGCCAUUGUACAAGAUUGUUAUUCUAGUAAAUGAUAAAUCAAUGGUAAACCAGUCAGCUAUUACCGUAAGGUUAUUCAUAUACGAUAAGAGGAUAUACGGUCUAUGUAAGUGGACCUUGCAUACUAUGCAUUGCAAAGCAGUAUUAAAAUAGUAUGAUUGGAUAUUCAGCAUUUGCCUUUACAAGUAAUGGCUUUAUUAUAGUGAUUUGCAGCAAUAUUUUUAUUUAUAUUGCCACAUAGGAAGCCACAUGUUUCUAAUUUACAACUUUUUUUACUCCUAAUGAAUUCUGUCAAAGGAUUGAGUACCUUUCAAAUUUGUCACUAUUAUGGUUAGAUCAAAGUAUUUGUUCGAAUAAAUUCUACUAAGUAACUGCAUGAGAAUAAGUUAAUAAAAAAAAUAAUUUUGCAUAGUAUAGUGCAUAAUGUUACGUACAAUAAUGUCUAGUAUCAAGUUACGUAUGUAAAUUUUCUCACUCUGUUUCUCGUUUUCUUGUUUUUGAAAGUUAAUUUGUAUAACUCCUGGUCCUGAAUCAAUAUUCCAAACAUUUAUUAGUAAUUCAGUUGCAUAAUUACACAUUUAAUUGUAUUUAAAGUGAAUUUUUAAUAUAAUUAUGUAUUUCAAGAUUCUUUAGUACUUGCUAUACCCUAAUAUUGAGACAAUGAGAACAAUUUUUGGAGCGAGCUCUGACCCUCGGCAAGUAAUAUAUAUAUAUAUAUAUAUAUAUAUAUAUAUAUAUAUAUAUAUAUAUAUAUAUAUAUAUAUUAGUUCCUGAUAUUUAUUGUGUUGAACUUACCCACUUCAAGUUCAUAUGAUCUCUAAUUUGUUGAAAGAAAUUUUAACGUGGAGAUUUUGUGGAACUUUAUUAACCAUUUUCAAAUCUGAAUAAGAAUAUUCAGAUUCGAAGCUUUCCAGCUUCGUUGAAAGAAAACACGUAAAAAUUCCCGUGUUAUAAUAACUAUAGAUCUUCAAUUAAGAUUUGACUAAUAGUACAGAAAAGCCUAAAUAACUCUCAUUAGUACAUUCAGCCAAUGUGUAUAAAUAUUAGAUGAACAAAAGCUUCUACUAUUGAUCGAUAUAGUUUGUGUGUUAUCAGAGAUAUUUGCGUUUAAAUCAAAUGUAGCAGGUGACAAAAACACUGCGUUAAUUUACUGGUUGUAUCAGAAGUUACAUUUUCCCAGGCUCUUUAGAAAUAUAUUUUUACUACUAAAAGGCCGCAGUAUUUCCAUUUCCUCGUGUGAAUAUACGAAUAUAUAAAUAAAUUAUAUGUCCUUGGGAUUCAGCUUGGGAAUUUCACCCGGUUCCCUGUGCACAGCGUCCCACAUGACCUUUGACUUGUUACACGCACCUGAGAUAUACAGACGUUUUGCUGGCGUCUGCCGAUAUAUGUGAGACUAUCAGAGCUACGCCGUUCCAUCCACUAGAAGCAAGUACUCUUAAAUAUUACCAGUUCAGUUUCAUGUUUACUAUUAGUUACAUUAAUUAAUGGUCUUUAAGUGGGUACAUUGUGUAUCAAUAAAUAUUAUUAAAUAAAUAUAAUGUCAUACAUGCAGUGUCGAAUUUCAAAUUGACUCUUAAAUGGUAAAUUCAACUAGCGUUAUCGACUUUGGAGUAAAAAAACUAUAUAUCAGUAUCAGUCAAGCAGACACUUUAAAAUACAGCUAGCUAUUUUCGUUUUGUAAAAAUGUCUAUGGUCUUUAAAAUUUAAUCAAUCGUAAUUAAAUUUGUUACAUAUUUAUUACAUCGUUUGUACUGUGUUCCACAUAAAGCUUUCUUAUAUAAAUUUUUGACGUUUUGAAAUGUAUACAUUAUUUUUUAGGUUCAGCGUGAAAGUAGGAAUGAAAGCAUGUGAUAGUGAUCCGUUCGGGUUCUCUCACAAAGUAUUGACACUGGCAGUAGUGUUUGUUAUGUCUUAAGUUGACUCAAAUAAAAGAGGUUGCUACCUUAACUUUGUAGUUAGUUUACACGUACAUAAUAUAUGAUGGACUCCCAUUGACUCCGGAAAGGAUGUAUUUUUAUAUAAUGAGUGUUGUUGCAGCAGAUUUUGCUUAGUAAUAAUCUGCAGGUGUUUAUGGUUAAUGUUUUAACUAAAUACGUUUAAAGCAUAUGAGUGUAAGAAUUUUGAGCAUUAUUUAAGAAUUAGAAAUUUUCUACAAUUUUUAACUGUUAACGUACUAAACUUCUAAAACAAAAUGUCGUUUUCCUGUAAAGAGUUACUCAAAAUUUCGUAUAUCUAAAGAACACACUUUUUUUAAUAUUGUCCAGCAUUUGUAUUAAAAUAGGCUUAGAUUUCCAUUUUAGUGUUGAUUGAAGGGGCCAAAAUAUUAUUUAAAGCUUUUAAAAGUCCAAAAAUCACACAGUAAAUAUAUUGUUAUCAAAGAGUGCAAAUGUUGAACCCAGAGGCACACAUUUUCUACAAAAACAAGUUUCCUGUAUAAAAACUUCUUUCAAAAAUCUUUUGCAGCUUAAUAGGAUUCAUUAAGACUGUGACCCUAGUAAAACUGCUCAAUUUUCUGAAACGUAAAUAUAUGUAUAUUAUAUUAUAAACAUUAAAACAAAUAAAAAUUGUAUAUCUUUUAAUUAUAUUUGCUCAAACCUUUCGUGGGGGUUUCUUUGUUUUCUGAAUUGUUUGUCUACGAUUUUUUAUGCAGUUUCUAACAGUUUUAUAACUGAGUCGUUAAACUUGUUCGACUCAAUAAAAUAAAUAAUAAACUUGUUUAUUUCUAUAAAAUAAAGAACAUCGGAGUGAAAAAUUAUGGACAUGAGUUGAAGUAUUACUUAUAUUCUUAAAUAUCUGGUAGAAAUUACAAUUAUGCUUUCAUUUAAUGACAAGAAUAAAGUACGACUAUUGCAAUCUCUUAAUUUGGCUAUUAUUUUUAUAUUUGUAUUGCAGUCAAUUGAUUAUACAAUCUGUUAAUUUAAAUGGUUAAAUUAUAUCGGAAAUAUCUGUGUAUUUAGGGCAACAAACAUUGUUGCAAUUAACAUUAAUUUCAGUCAAAUUUUUUAUUUCAUUAAAAUAUAGGUCUUAAAAAUUAAAAAUGGAUUUAUUUUAUAUAUAAUUAAUUAUUUUUGUCUACUUUAAUAUUUAUAUUAAUUUUCUGGAAAUCUACAAUAUUUACAUAUACAAUUAAUACGACAAUUUAUAGAGAAUGUUAAAAUCUUGGAAUAUUGUAUAUAUUUAGUACUCUUGAGUUCCAUAUGGUGCAGAUCUGUUCUCCUCUAAAGUUAAUAUACCAGUUUCACAAUAUUGCUACAUUUUUCUUAACUAUCCUUAUUUUACAUUUAAGCCAGUAUUCAAAAGUUUCUCAAAUAAUAAUUUCUCACAACUGAUUAACUUAUGUCGAAUUUUACCAUAUUCCCGUAAUUGAAAUAUAAAAACUAAUACGAGAAUAACAUCUAAUACAAUUAUUCUUUUCCUAUCAAUACAUGCGUCAUGCAAGAUUUCCCAACUAAAGAAUAUGAACAUUUUUAAACGUAACUAGGAAGAUAUAUUUAAAUAAAUCAUUAAUGUUUUGGUAGUUUUUAGUUUUUAAUGGUAUCAUCUCACUAAAAUUAAUAAUAAACUAACACAAGCAUAGUUAACCUAAUUCAUUUUAAAGUACAGAAUAUUUUGUUACAUAAUAGCCGUUUCGAGUUACAAUACAAGUUUUUCACAGUUAAGACUUUGAUGACGGACCGUACAGAAAGUUAAAGCAACACCGUUUUAUCUGAGACUGAUCAUCUCGCAUGUGUGUCGUCGUAAACACGGGUUUACAAACUAUUUACUGGAAUAAACAUGUGUUCAGAAUAUACACUGAUGAAGUUUCUGGAAAAAUACUGCAUAAAAACUUGUGUUAGUACUUGAUACCUAAAGAUAUCACAUCGAUUUGAUUCCAGGUAAAAAUUAUUAUUUUAUAGCAAUUACUGCGUAUUUAACGAGAAUAGCUCGUAUAAACGUUGAAUGCAAGGCAAAGCUACACUACAUACACUGUUGCAACGUUGCAUGUUGCAAACAGUGUGAGAGUGCAUUCCAAAAUUAUUAAAUACUUACAAAACUGGCUGAUAUUUCGUAAACGUAUAAAAUUUAGAAAAUUAACGAAAAGUGAGUUUGACUUCUCCACAGGUCGUUUUACGAUAAACAAACUUCAAAAAUUAGAUAAUCAUAAAAUAAAUACAUAUCAAGAGUUCUUGUUUACAUUUGAAAAUUUUAAUAACUGUUCACUAUUAAAUAACUAAAAUUAAGUUUAUAUGAUUACAAUAAAAGUAAUGACACGGUUCAGUUACCUCUUAAUAAACAAUAUGCAGUAUUCAAUGAUACCUUAAUAAGAUUUAUUUUUAUAAAAUAUUUUAAAAGUAAAAAACCACCUAGCUGCCUAAGCUCUUUUAUAAACACAUUAUUGAAGAUUUUUCAGUCAUUUCCAAUUGGAAAUACAGUUGAGAAUGAAUAUUAAAUUAUAUUAAAAUUUUAACUCCUUCAAGAAAAAUAUGUUUUAAUUAAUGUGUAUGUCUCGUUAAGACUAGUAGCAUAGUCCAUGCUUUACUUAACUAACAAUCUAUUUACUCUUGAUAGCCUAAAUAAACUCAUGUAAUUAGAUAUUUUUAUUCCUUUUUAAACUUGGGAUUUUUACUUUCACAAUUUCAUAAACUUUGAUCUUAGACUUGUAAACCUAUUAAUUAAAUCAAAUAUUCAGUAAGUUCAUAUUUAAUUCGAGGUGUUCAGACAAUUCACAGAUUUUAUCAAAUCACCUAACUAAGAGUAAAAACCAUAGAGAACUCAAGCCCUUUGCAAAAUUAGAAAGACAAUCACAGUUUUUAUUCAAAAAAUUAUACAAAAUAUCGAAGCAGAACAGUUAUGUCUAUUACAGAAAUGAAUCGUUUUAUUAAUAAAAUUGUAGUGUUUAUUUUUCAGUAUACAACCUCUUUUCAUACAGUUGCCUAUUCUGUUAUUUCAUUCAGGCAGUUCAUUAUUUUCUGAAACAUAUAACGUUAGUUAUUAAGUAUUUGAGACAUUAUGCAAACUGAUGACUAAACAAAAGCUGUUAAGCAUAUUUUGUACUUAGUGCACCAUAAAAAAUUUCUUUUUGAAAACUAAAUUAAAACACAGAAAUCGUCUUGAUUUUGAUACAAAUCAGACUGAGAUUAACAUAUUUAAAUAGGUGUAUACCUUCUUGUAAAAACGUAUGUUUAUAAGAUAGUAGGUAAAUAUAUUGAUUUAUGUUAUAAAUCAUAAUCUUGUAUUUAUGGAUCAUGUAUAGAUUAGUUUUGUUCAAUGUUUUGUCGUCGUACGUACUUGUAGCAAUUAAAAUAAAUACAUUUGUUUCUUGUAGGUUCUUUAACUGUACAGAAUGUGGAUAAAGUUAGGAACUAGCCAGGAUUAAAAAGUGAAUUAGAAUCAUCUUAUUAUUAUUGAGUUGGUUAAAAUUUGUUUAUUAUCCUCUCAUUCAAAUUUCACACAUAAUACGUUCAAAAUCACAUAUCUUCACUGAGCAUGAUUUUAAAAUUUAUAAGUGAAUUCAUCUAGUAAUUUUACAAUGUUUCGAAUGUAAGAUAGUAGAAUCAUCAGGAGGCUCUGUUGGAAGAUUAGUAUUGGAGGAAAUUAAUAACUGUGUACAGUAAUUCAAAGUCUCGUAUCAUUUAGAAAAUAGUUUUUGUUCACAGUAAGGUGUAUGUACACUCCCUGUAGUAGCUAUAAGGGUAAAUAUUCAUCCCAAUAUUUGUGUUACUUCUGUGACACGAUGAGCUGAUGUUACUACAAUAACAAUUGUAGUAAUAAGAGUAAAUACUCAUCCAGAAAUCUGCAAGAUGUAUCACAACAAUGAGAUGUUAUAACAUACCGUUUAGUUGUUAUAAGAAUUAUAUUUUAUCUCGGGUUAAAAUAGUUAUAAGGGUAAAGUGGACCCGACAAGUGUGUAUUCACACUCACUCACUGUAAUGGUUGUAAGGGUUUAUAUUCGUCCCGGAAUCGUGUGUAUAACUUACAAUGAGAUGUUAUAACAUUUCCUGUAAUAUCUGUGAGGGUAAACAUUCAUCCUGGGAUCUGUAUGGUGUUUGACUCACUGUGAGAUUGGUUUGUCAAUCAGUUUGAGGGGAAUAGGCUAUAAAGGUUUAUCGGUUAUUCUUUCUCAAUAAGCAGAAAUCAGGCACGUAUCUACACGUUGUGGCAUGAACAAGUCAGCUACGCUGCUUGGACGGGUUUAAUGGUGAAAAAACUAAUUGACAAACUGUACUUCUUAGUUCCUUCUCCUGGAUGUUAUGUGUUGUAUUUUAUUGUAAAUGGUCUUUACUGUGCAGAUAACAUGUUUUGGUAUAUAUCUUUUAACACUAAUAUACAUAUAUAUUAAUAUAUAUACACAUACAUGUAUAUAUGGAGCCUUCCUGGACACAGGCUAUUGACACAUACGGUAAUGGUAUCGGUUGCAUUCCCUAACAUCGAGUUAAAUUACUAUACAUGUGUUGCCUGAAUGCUUCAUUGUUCGUUUUCAUAUGUUCAUAUAUAGCAACGAAUGAAAAGCAUGAAAAUGUUUAUUCCUAUCAAAAUUAUGGUUGUUUCCUAUUCUUCCAUUAGUGAUUAUAUAUACCGUAAACUGUCUCAGAACUAUACGAGGUGGCAGCCCAACCGCUAGGCACCAGGAUGGUUAUGUGGAAUUCUUCAAUCUAUGAAUGAAUUUAUGUAACUGAAACGUGACAAAUAUGAACUUUCUUAUGCUAAAGUUUUUCACAUGUUCAAAUUUGCCUUCAUACGCUUAUAACUUAUACCUGGACAAAAAGUGAUCUAAUGCCUUUUGAAAAAUUUAUCUAUGGUGAAAAUUUUUGCUUUGCAUUCACUAUCAAGAAUUAAAUUUAAGGUGGGAUGAUUUUCUUUUCACAUUUUAAACGUCUGAAUGGGUUUUUAAACCAGAUUUAAUUAGUUUAAAAAUAAAUCUGUUUUAAAAUUUUACGAGCAUCACUUUUUUAAUGAAUAUGUAUAAACUAUAGACUAACAGUCACAUUUUGUAUAUUACAACAAUAAGUAUAGCUUAACUACCGUUAUCGGCUUUAAAAGUGACGAAAAACUUAUCAAAACAAAUCGCACCUAAUAACUGUAUAUUUAAUAUAACAAAUUUAAACCGAUUAUGAUCAUCUUUUACAAUACUACUUCAACUUUCAUUUACCAUUUUAUCAAUUUCCAAAAGUUUGUUACAAAGUGGUGUCGUAUGACAUUUAAUAUAUUACUGUAGUUGAAAUAUAAAAUAAUUACAUGUUUUAAAUUUUUUAGUAAAAUCCAUUUUCUUUAAGCCUAAAGUCACUUAACAAACUUAAACAAUCUUCAGAUAACAAAAAGUUAAAAGUCUCUUUUAAAAAACACCAUUGUCACCAACUUUUGAUACAAUCCCUUUGAUUCAAAAACAGUUGAGCAGUUGUGUUAUGUUUGUGAUUCUUUUAUCAACACUCACCGUCAGUUUGAUUUUCAUAGAAAUCUAAAAACACAUGUAUGAAUUUAGUGUUUUCUACCAUCACAUUUGAACCAAAGAACUAUGAAAUAGGUGAUUUUUUAUAAAUGUAAUAUAGGAAUCAACACACAAUUGAUUACAAACACACACAAAAUAUGUUUUCAACCGUAGCUACAUAAGUCUUUUAAAGAUUGAAGAAUAUUUCUCAUGGAAAUCCAUUACUAGUGGUUAGGUUAUUACUUUGUAUUUUGGAAAACAUGCUUCCUACUUUAAACUCUUAGUAUAACGCUAUUUCAGAACUAAAUCAAUAUUGUUAAAGGUCAUUUACCCUACAUAAAAGCAGUUUUCGUAUUUUUUGAAUAAUACUUUUAGUGCAAUACAAUUGGCCUAUAAAUUAGGAUGUUUUCCAAAUUGCCAAUAUGAUUAGUAAUAAAGUUUACUUACAUCAAUAAAUAUUACCUUUACCAAUCGCCAUUAAAUAUAUUUUAAAUUUAUUAUCAUUGUACAAUUUGUUAAAUCUGUAUCUCAACCAGUCAUGUUUUCGGAACAUUUUAUUAAUUUCGUGUGAGAAAACUUGUUUUAACAUACAAAAACAGAGUUUAAACAUAUACUUAAGAGUAAAAACCUGCUAGAGUUUUAAAAACAUAUAUUCGUAUAUGUAUAUAUAUUGUGCUAAGUUGUUGUGCUUGCAUGUGUAUGUAGCUGAAUUCCUAAAUUUCUCAAUGUUAUAGAUAUAUGAUUUUACAGCGUAACAUUCUAAAAUACCAUUACUAAUAUAGUUUUGGGUUUGUAUAAAAUCAAGUAAUACAUGUUGAAAAUUUAUGUUGUACAUAACAGUGGGAUGAGUAUUUACCGUGUUUUUAUUUCAGUGUAUUUUAGGUUUUGUUCACGUAUAUUUAUUGUUCGUUGAACCAGCAAUUCAAUUAUUUAGUCAGAUUAUUUCAAGGAAUGAUUUACAAUUUUACCAGACACAACUAUUGAGUUUGUUAUAUUAAUUCAUAUUUUUAAAAGACGAUAGCCUAUAAAUGUUUAAUGUCAUUGUAAUGGGUGUACGUAGCAUUGUAUUAGUUUUCAUCAGUUAAUAAUUUUACUGGUAGGUAACUGGUGUAUUGAUGCCAAGCAACAGAUACUAUUUUUAAUUUCACCAGUGAAAUUUUUCAAUUAAUUUGUACAAUUAAAACGGUUAUGGUAGUUUAGCAAAGUGCUUUGUAAAUGUUAAAACUGCAUGGCGCUGUGUGGUUAAACUCACACUAUCUAUCUGCGAUAUCUGGCUAUUGUGAAAACUUCGUAAGAAUGGUAAAUAGAGUGUAUUUUAGGUAAAGUUAUAAGUGUAUGUAUCAUAGGUAUUGUUAACCUGUUAAAUAUUGUACAAAUUUCUGAACAUGUUAUGAAAAGAUAGCUUAUUUUAUUUCAUUACUUAUACAAAUCCAGAUUCACAUGUUUGGUAGCAGUUCCAAAAUGUCAUUCUAUGGUUCAAUACAUCAGAUAUUAUUGUUUUGCAGUUAAUUUAUAUUCAGUUCAGUUGUCUUUUCACGUAGACGUAGAAUUUAACGUGUUUAUAUUAUUACAUUUCAGCUUUCUGUUAGUGUAAUCGAGUGUCGAAUCAUUGUAUAAUAAAUAAAUGAAAAAUCAACUUCA